GCCGCGCACGUCGCGACGCCCUCACCACCCGACAGUACGCGCUUAUCGCCACACGCACUCAACACUGCGUUGUGAAAUCGAACUAUACCUAGUAUGUGCUAAGUGAAUUAACGAUUGCCAAUAUGAAGGGACGCCACCAGUUCCGACGCAGAUUCAGUCUGCAACCGUCUUUUAUGAAAGAGGAUCAUGAGGAGGAGAGGAGACCUCACAGGACCGAACGAACGGAGGAUACCGUGUCGAGCAGUGGGAACCUAACCAACAAUGCAGUGCGGCAUAAAAUUGUAGUUUUAGGGGCUGCGAAAGUUGGCAAGUCCUCGCUCAUAUCUCAAUUCCUAUAUAACACCUUCUCACCUAAGUACAAGAGGACGAUAGAGGAGAUGCACCACGGAGACUUCAACGUGUCUGGCGUGCGGCUCACACUUGACAUCUUGGAUACGUCGGGUGCCUACGAGUUCCCCGCCAUGAGAGCCCUGUCUAUGCAAUCCGCCGACGCCUUCAUCUUAGUCUACGAUAUAACCGACGCAGACAGCUUUACCGAAGUGAGAACACUAAGAGACCAAAUCCACGAAACCAAAGAGAGCACGGCCGUCCCAAUUGUCGUCGUCGGUAAUAAGGUGGACUUGGCUGAAACCGGCGCUAGGCAGGUAGAAUUCCACACAACCGAAUCCGUGGUGACAGUCGACUGGGAAAAUGGGUUCGUCGAAGCUUCAGCUAAGGACAACAUGAACGUGUCUCAGAUAUUUAAGGAGUUGUUGGUGCAGGCGAAGGUAAAGUACAACUUGUCGCCGGCGCUGCGGCGGCGGCGGCGCCAGUCCCUGCCGACGGGUCCGCAGGGCGCGCCCGGGUCCAGCCCGACGCCGCCCGCCAACCAGCCGCACGUGCCCUCCCCGGCGCAGCUCGCCCAUCUCCAACAAAUCCGCGAACGCCACAGCAGCAAACGCAACUCAUGCGUCAUCUCUUAGACACAAACACCACCCAUACCACCCAUAUAACGAAACCUAGCCAAGUGGCAUUUCCUCCAUUACCAGCACAAUUGCUAUUGUACAAAAAGUCCUCAGAAUCAGUCAAGUGAUACACAUUUUCGUGUUUUCUAUCGUCAUUUAUGAUUGUAGAAAUGUUACUUGGCUGGAUCUCAAAGUUUUACUAAAGCUAGCUAAGGAUCAGUAAUUUUAAAUUUCUAUACGUACCGAUACAAGUAAUUUCUAUUUAUAAAUAACUAUAAAAGUGGAUUGUAUUCAAUGUUUGUGAACUGUCGCAUUUCUUGUUUAGACUCAAUAAUACAAACGUUUUUUGACAUAUAGAGCAUUCUAAUAAAUCGUGAUUUUACUCUUUCUGUAGCUUUUAGAUGAAUGUGUCAAUUUCAUCUAGAGAUGUAUCCUGGUUUUAUGAAGAAUAUUUCGUUUAGAAUUUCUCCUGAACGUUCUAUUCCACUUGGCAGGUAACUGUCAUGACAUAUUUUGCAAGGCACAUCACACCUCGUCACCGCUCAGUUCAACAUACCUACUUACCAGUAAUAUUCGAUUACGUUAGGCAAUAAAAACAUUUCUUACGUGAUAUAGUUACAUAGAUCCAUUAAGAUUUGUCCAUUCCUUACGUGAUGUUUUGACUUUAUAUUUUAUAGAUAGUAGUGAAAAUAACGCCAAGAUACAAAUGUAAUACCUUUAGAAUAAGCUUUUAGUGUAUUACAGAGUGACAAUGUAGGGAAAAGUGAUAAUAUACAAGUGACGGGUAUUCGUGACUGGUAUAAACUGUAGGGUUAUGAUAACGUUAUUCUAACUAAUAUGUAAGGUUUAAGGAUGUAGAGUGUACAGGCGCUGACAUAUUCGCUCGAUUGUGGUAAUCGAAUCGAAAUCAAUCGAUGAGCUUUCGAAAUAUAUCGAUAGUACGAAAACAUGACCAAUGACGUCAUCAUUGGGUAUAAUCGGGUGAAUAUGUGAGUGUCUAUGGGAGGAGCCCCAAAAUGACUGAGUGUUCCAAAAUAUAUCAAAACAAACAAAUGAUAAUAAGUGUUGGUAUUGGAUCGGUCUUACUUAAUAUGUAUAAGGUGAAGGAGAAACACAGGAACAUCUCGUUCCACAAAUUACUUCGUAAAAGAAUAACGUCUUAAUGAGGGUGUAACCGUGACUGGUUGCAAGGGCUCUCCGACAACUUGGUAGCUAUAAGAUCGUCUAUAUAUUCAAUACAUUCCGAUUGCCAAACCAGUAUUAUAAAGAAUUCAUUACAUAAAAUCAGAUACGGAAGAAACUUUUAUCAAAUUGUAUUAAGUAUAACAUGACUUUCAAAAGUAUAUUAAUUAAUCAAAUCAAUUAAACGUUUCUUUUCGGUGUAAAAGUAACUACAUAGCAAUAUCAAAAUAAAAAUAAAUACACAUAAAAUUAGCAAUUCAUUUUUAAAUAAAUACAUCUAUCAAAUAAGUAGAUAUAUAAAGUCUAUAUUAAAUUACACAUACCUUAUCUCCUGACAAGAUUUAAUUAAAUUGACAUUUAUAUAAUAAUUAAUCAAACCAAGGAAAACAAAACAUUUUUUUCAAAGAAAGUACAUGUUACGAACAUGUUAAAGGAUUUGUGAUCCAAAUGUUGGUUUAAACAACAGUUACAAGUUGCAAAUUAAUUAAUUUUAACUUAACUAUAAUUGUAAAACUAUCCCUUGGGAAUUUAAAUAUCAUUUAACUACAUUUGUUGCUACACAACUAGGGCUGACAAAUUUAACAUUUAAUUUAGUUUUAAUUACGAUGAGUCUUAACGUCCUUUACCAAUUAUAAUUACAGAGUUAUCAAUAAAACGUUAUAAAACAAGUAAUUUAUAAAAAGACACAAAUUAUUGACUGCGUGAAAGAACGUUAUUUUAAAUUAUUUUUUUUAACAAAAAAACGUGACCUAUACUAACAACUUCUCUUAAGCUAAACACUAGCAUUAAAGAAACAUAAAUACAUGCUUAAAUAAAUACAUUCAAACACUUAACUCCCACGUUGCAGCCAUGGGUUAGGUAUAAAAGCCCUCCCCGCUAGAUAAGUGACAUUUCUACGUUCACGCCAAUAGAAAACGCUCAAUGUAUUAAAAUGACAUUUCGGUUGGAUAAGUCAUGUCAGGUCAAACCUGUCAUCUUCAUACAUUCCGACAAACUUUUCACGUUAACGAUUGUAGAAAUUACACUUAACUAAAAAAUCAGAACAUAAUUAAACAUUCUCUUUUUACUUAUCUAGGUACAGCCCUAACGUUACCGUAAUCCGUUGGGAAAAGUAAUUAAUUAUUUAGGUACCACUUAAUUCGUUUACUGUAACCGUUUAGAGUUCUAAUUGUGGUCUUUACUAUGCUUUUAUUUUCGUGCCAAAUUACGAAGGCUUUAUAUUUGCACAUUUUAUAUUAGUUUGUAUAAUUCCGUUCCAAUUAAAUAGGAUUCUGCUCGCGUUUGUUCCAUUAACACAGUUUAUAUUAUAAUUUAUUAUUUAAAUUGUAUGGAUGUGCCUUUUUUAAAAGUAUAGUAUUCUUAGUUAAUUAAAAUGUACAUUUAUUUAACGUAUUAAAAUGCCUCUGUAUUUUGUGAACCCGCUUGAAAUGUUUAGUUUUUGCUUCCCUUUGUAAUGUUUCCGAUGUGUGCGUAGUUUAAUGUUAGUUUAUUAGAAAAAGUUAGAUAAAAUCUAUAUUUACUAUUGAAUUUAAAUAACUUAGUGAUAACCUUUGAAAAAUAUGUGGUCUAUCAAUGUUUGUACUUUGACGUACUUUUAGCAGUGAUCUGCGCACAUUUACUUAUGAAAAGUAAAAAAAAAUAUUAUAUUUAAGAUUUUUUAUGAUCCUCUGUAUGUAUAACGGAGUUGUUCGUGAAACUUAGCACAGAAGGAUUUGACAUGUGUAGUAUGUGUAUAAAUGGUAAUUUUUUCACUCAAUUUAAUAGUCGCGUAUAUAAAUCAUAUGGUAAAUUAUUUUUAAUGUUUAUAUACGUUUCAAAUGCAGGUAUUUACUUCAAUAUUUAUACCAGUGUAAUGAAAUUCUCUAAAUAAAAUAAACUAACUUCUGAAAGCUUGUUUGUAUUACCGAGCACAUAAAGCUAAUGACAAAUGACAGUCGCGCCACUCCUUAAACUAGAAGGGAGGUGGAAACACUGGGAACUUGAGAGUUAUACAUUGCUCGUUGUAUUUUAAAGCAUCGUGGUGGUUCUCUCAGUGCACGUGCAGUGUAACGAGCUGGUGCGGCGAGCGUGCGUGCGGUGUGUCCGCGGCACGCAGCGACCACGCCGCGGCACUUGUUGCGCAGCGCGCGAUCGAUCCGCGCCCCCUCCCGACCCCACCCCCCACUCCCGCCACACCCUCGCA